AUGCUCUUUGUUCUACUCUUCCAGCAAAAACACAAACUGAGGAUCUAUAUUUCUAACACCUACACGCCUGGCAAGCCAGAAGGGGAGGAGGCUGAAAAAGUGGCAUCCUGGGAACUUCGAGUGGAAGGCAAACUCCUGGAGGAUCCUGGGAAACAGAAACGAAAGUUUUCAUCCUUCUUUAAAAGCCUGGUUAUUGAACUGGACAAAGAACUUUAUGGCCCAGACAACCACUUGGUGGAGUGGCACAGAAUGCCUACAACUCAGGAGACAGACGGAUUUCAGGUGAAGAGACCAGGGGAUGUGAAUGUGAAAUGUACUCUCCUUCUCAUGCUAGACCACCAGCCUCCGCAGUAUAAGCUGGAUCCACGCCUGGCACGACUGUUGGGCGUGCACACUCAGACCAGAGCCAGUAUCAUGCAGGCCUUGUGGCUCUACAUCAAAAACAACAAGCUGCAAGACUGCCAUGAGAAAGAGUACAUUAACUGCAACCGAUACUUCAGACAGGUACCCAACAUGUUUAGCCCUCUUAGCAAGAAAUUACAUUUAGCUUGUUCUCACAAUUCAAAAGUUCUUCACAAAACCCAAAACACUAAAGCUCAGUUUAAAACUCAUAAGAAAAGAAAAACUCUGCUGAAACCCUAUAUCUAAGCUUUGCAUUUGGCACUGUCUGACACAACAUGCUUUCACUUGCCUCUAAGCCGUUGGUAUUACUGGCACAGCUGUGCACUGGUUCACAUCGUACCUAAGUGAUAGAUAGCAAUUUGUCUUUUUCCAGAAGUAGAAACUUUCCACUGCUCCUGACCUGUCAACAGAGGUGUCCCCCAGGGCUCGGUUCUUUGCCCACUUCUCUUUGUAGUCUAUAUGCUUCCACUUAAUCAGAAUUCCUUGAAACCAAGGAAUCAGAUUACUUGUUUUCACUUUCCCCUGUUACGCUGACACUCAAAUCUGCAUUAG